AUGAAUGCCGCCGGUGACAGCCGAAAAAGUGUUUUCACAACGCUCGGCACAACAACAACGAGUUUCAACUCAGUAUCAUAUAAGCAAGCACCUUUGAUCAACAUGCAAAAAUCGAUAAUCCUUGAUUUUGAAUACUCAAACAUUACGGAAAUCAAUACCCAUUGCGAUAAUUGUUUUUUUCUACGAAAUGAGCUAACUCCAAUUCGUGGAAGAUAUGUUGAUUUGCUCGAAUUUUCCAAUUUUAAUGGCAUCCCAUAUCCAGUAAUUGAUGAAUCGAAAAAACCAAAACGAUGGCUUGCUGAUUUACGCUACACGUGGUCUACUCCGCUUCCGUACGAUUAUCCAUCAGUUACCCAAGAGGUUCUGAACUCUGACAGGGUGAAUGGAGUCAUCAAAAAGAUGCAAGUGGAGAAACCCGAACUGACAGUAUCGGAAAUGAAAAAACGCGCAACGCGUUUUUUCUACGAAAUGCGCGCGAGUCUUUCAAAAUUUGUGUGCAAAAUUUGUGCCUAUAUCUUAUACAAAGUUUUUCGACGAUUGAUAAGCAAAUUGUUGGUUUGUCCUGAGGAAAUUGAGCGGGUUCAAAAGGCCGAAUCGACUGGAAUACCAUUGGUAUAUUUGCCACUGCAUCGAAGCCAUCUCGAUUAUCUUUUGAUCACAUGGUGUGCCUGGCAUUUCCGUCUCAAACUUCCACACAUUGCUUCUGGAGAUAAUCUAAAUCUGAGCGGGCUCGGAUGGCUUCUCCGUGCAACAGGAGCAUUUUUUAUUCGUCGGCGUAUGAAUCCGGACGACGAAGGAGGAAAGGACGUAUUCUAUCGAGCUGUUCUUCACUCUUACAUUGAACAAAUUUUAAAGAAAAACCUCCCAAUUGAAUUUUUCCUCGAAGGAACCAGAAAUCGUUUUGGAAAAGCCCUCACCCCUAAAAACGGGCUCAUAUCCAAUGUCGUCGAAGCAGUUCAACACGGAAUCAUUAAGGAUUGUUACCUUGUUCCUGUUUCUUAUACAUAUGACGCUGUUGUCGAAGGUAUUUUCUUGAAUGAGUUGAUGGGAAUUCCAAAGGUACGCGAAAGCGUUUUCGGCGUUUUCAAGGGAAUAUUCAAGGGAUUCAGUAAAUCCCAACAAUGCGGAAUUGUGCGAAUGCAUUAUGGAAGACCAAUUCGACUAACGAAUUAUUUGGCUUCAUUAACGGCUGCACUCAGUUGUAAGCACUCUCGUCCAGCAAAUCUAUCCAGAAUGCCGCAUUCAUUCUCCUACCGUGAACUCGUUCCAUGGCAUCACACACAUUCCGAAGCAAUGGAUGAUAGAACUCUGAUUCGGGCUAUCGGAUUCCACGUAGUUUAUGAAGCUCAAAGAAUGUGUUCAAUCUCGUCAGUUUCUGUUGUAGCUGGACUACUUUUGUGUAAAUUCCGAGACGGGGCUAAUAGAAGCACACUGGCGCAGGACGUACAAUGGCUUUGUGAAAUGAUAAUUGCUGAAGGCGGAGAUGUGAUGGGAUACGAAUCAAAAGUCACCGAUCCAUUCGUAGUUCUUGACUAUGCUCUUUGUAAAUUAGAGCCUUGUUUGGAGCUGUUGAAAGAUGGGUGUUUUAUUCGGCCAAUCAAUUGUCAUCGCCAGUUCAUUCAUCUUGCUUAUAUGAAAAAUGCUCUAAUUGCUCGGUUUUCAAUCAAAGCUGCUGUUGCACUGGCCAUCGUUUGUCGAGGAACACUGAAAGUGCAUCAAACGGGUGAAAUUGUUGAAGACGUUUUCUCAAUUUGCGACUGGCUUCAGUUUGAUUUUCUCUUCUGUAGACCUUGUGAUGAUCUUCGACAAUUAAUUCAUGAUAUUCUUGGUGAAGAGCAAUGGGCUCAUCCCGUCAAAGGCUAUUUACAGCUAGAAUCUGAGGAUGAAGGCCUCUUUGGAGCUGGAGAUGGAACCAUUACAAAAUUGUUUAAGAUUCGAGAUGAACGAUCAGUUGAAAUUCUCGAAUUUUUUGCAAAUUUUAUUCGCCCAUUUGUCCAGUCAUUGUACAUUGUUACAUCGUUUGUCGCUUCUGAAAAAUGCAGUGAAACCCCAAUUCGCGAAACCGAAUUUGUGAGAGAACUUUGCAAGGAUUCAUUGGCCAAAAAGAUUCCUCUUCCAUUCGAAGCUUUAGUCGAAUCGAUUAAUUCGGAUUCUUUCACAAACUCUAUUCGCAUCCUUCGCGAUAAGGGAUUUAUCAAGACGGAGCCAGCGAAAGUGUGCCGUUCACGAAAUGUUCACAUCAAAGAAAUGAAAACAACAAUAUUCAUCUUGAUUCUUGCAUGUGCUGUCAAUGGAUUCGAAAUCAAAAACGACGCGUUUCCAAUGAGAGCCGAUUACGAAGAGGAAAAAAUGAAAUUCGGCGGACGAGAUCCGCCGAAAUUCGAAAAAACUUACCAUCGAGAAAUUCCUGGUGGAAUUGAGACUGCUGAAAUUAAGACGGAAAAUUCGCCAAAUGGGAAAUCGAUUAAAACUUCCUACAGAAAGUAA